UGCGAAGUUGUCUCACAGUCAUAGGAGCGGGUAUAAUACGUUAAAAAAACCACCAACUGCUCAUGGAGAGGCCAAUAAUUUUCUCAUCCGAGGCGCCAACAGCGUCGCCUUCACGUGAAUACUGAAUAGCCGCUACUGGUCGAAAAAGCUGAACCAAGCAAACAAGCGAGCACACACACCAUCGCACACGCAUACCUAGUUACUUAUUAAUGUUACCCUCUCUCUAUAUAACCAGUCCUUGCCCUACAUCUUUUCGCACACCACACGACAUUGACCCCCAUCGUUAAUUUCUAGUUUCUCCUCUUCCCCCUCACCCCCUCGCACAUGUGUGAGCGCCCUCUCUCAUCGCCCUCUUCCUCUUCCUCUUCUUUUCUCAAUCCGUGUAUACUCCUCGUGACCCAUUCUCUGUAGAUAUAUAUCCCUAUUUAUAUGUGUAUAUAUAUAUAUUUAUAGUGAACUCUCAUUUCUGUUGCCAAAGACCCAAGUAAUUAGCGAUGAGGUCGCCUUCUCCGAGCCCCAAGUCGGCCUCGGACUCGAACCCGAAAGAGACCAAACCACCCGUUUCGACCGAGCCAUGGCUCGACGACAUGGACCACUUGGCCAAGACCAUCUCGGCCAUCAAGCACAAGGGCGCGCGCCCCGACCUCCUCGCCAAGUGGUUCCCGGAGCUCUCCGCCUCCUCGGCGUCGGCAUCGUCGUCGUCGGGGCGCUUCCACGCGGCCUCGGCGGCGGCGGCGGCGGCGGCGGCGGCGGCGUGGGCUGCGCCGGAGAGCCCGACGGCGGCGUGGCUGAAGAAGCGGCUGCUGGUGGAGUCGCUGGUGGCGGCGCUCCCGCUCGACGGGGAGUGCGGCGCGGAGGCGUGCGAGAAGGGCGGGGCGGGGGUGACGUGCGACUUCCUGCUGCGGCUGCUGCGCGCGGGGAGCAUGGUCGGGGCGGACGCGGGGUGCCUGCGGGAGCUCGAGGCGCGCGCGGGGCGGCGCCUCCCCGAGGCCUCGCUCGGCGAGCUCAUGAUCCCGGCGUUCGGCCACACCUGCGGGACGCUGCUCGACGUCGCCAUGGCGCUGCGCCUCGUGCGCGCCUUCCUCGCCGGAGCGGCCGGGGACCAGGACGGAGGAGGGGCGGUGGCGCCGCCGAGGGGCGGGGGCGCUGCGGCGAUGGCGAGGGUGGCGAAGCUGGUGGACGCGUACCUGGCGGAGUCGGCGGUCGACGCGGGCCUCGCCGUCGCCGAGUUCGAGGAGCUCGCGCGCGCCGUCCCGACCCACGCGCGGCCCAGCGACGACGGGCUCUAUCGGGCCAUCGACACCUACAUCAAAGCCCAUCCGAGCACGACGAAGAAGGAGAAGAAAGCGCUAUGCAGGCUCAUCGACGCGCGCAAACUCUCCACGGACGCAUCCCUCCACGCGCUCCAGAACGAGCGCCUCCCGGUGCGGUCGGUGGUGCAGGUGCUCUUUUGCGAGCACACCAAGCUGAAUCGCCUGGCCGAGUGGAUGAGCGGGUCGUUUACGUUCGGCAGCGGCGGGCCGAGGAGCCCCAGCCCGGCCCAGGAGCUGCCAGGGCGGUGCCCAUCGAAGCGGGAGGUGUUGGCCCACCAGCAGGAGGUACGGCGCCUCAGGGAGGACGUCGUGCGGCUGCAGGUGCAGUUCGGGGUGCUGCAGGCGCAGCUGGAUAGGCUCACAGCGGAGAGGCGGCGGAGGGGCUUCUUCAGGUGGAGCUCCUUGCUCUUCAGCAGUGGCGGCAGAGCUGCGGCGGAUGUGGUGGUGAGGGCGGAGGAGUCGGAGAGCGGAGCGGAGCGGCGGACGCCCGCAAGCUACAAGAAAGGAAGGGGAGUACGUACGGCGGCGGUGGCGACGACGGCAGCGACGCCCAAGUGGCGGCGGUCGAUGUCUUGAAGUGGGAGUACGUACAAUGAAUUAUUAGCUUUCUGUUAGUUAAGUUUAUCUUCUGCUGUUUUUUUUUUUUUUUUCAUUUCCCUUUUUUCUGUGGGAGCGAGAUGUCUUUGACAGUUUGGUUUACAAGAGUCUUGCACUUUUUGUGUGUAAGUUGGUACAAUGUUGUUACUCUUGAUGUAUGUUUGGUCUCACUUCUAUUUAUGUCUUCAAUUGAGUGUUAGACAAACACAUUUAAGUCUUAUUGUUGAUAUUUUUUUUUUACGUUUUUUAAA